AAGCAAUCAAAACAAACACCACAGCUAGCGAGUGGGAAAAAUAUCGACCAUAAUGUAAUCGCGCUCGGUGUUGUUUUGUUAAUUUAAUCUUAAUCAUUACGAAGUUUUACGAAACGUGCCCGCUAUCAUGGAUAGUGGUGACUGCUUUAUCUAGUCAAACGAGUUCAAAGUUUAUUGGGGUGUGAGAAGUGAAGCACACGAUGAGUGAAUCAGACCACCGUAGAAGAAAUCCUUUCGCUGGGGACGACUCCGAAGGUCAGGAUGCUGAUGGCGAGAAUAUGGGCGAAGAGGUUCCUUCCGCGAUGACGGAAUCGUACAGUGAAAUCGCCUACACCCAUAACCUGUUCGCCGGUGGGGCGGCUGAAGAAACGGACGGUGGUGGCAGCAACGGCACCAACCAACCGGACGUAUCGUCCUCGUCUUCAUCCUCCUCUCAGACAAAGAAGCGACCCGAUUCGUUGGUGUGUGAUGGACGAAAAGCCUCCUUUCCAUACAAUCUCGAAGGUACGGUGCGGGUGGACGGUAACAUGACACACUUUGUGGCAGAAAACCUGGAGUACAAAAUAAAGCUAGCCAGUCCGGUGACGGUGACGCGGAAAGAUUCGUGCAAUCUGUCCAGCUCCCGGCAAAGCACACCAUCCGCCGCCACCGGUGGGCUUAGCGGGCUGAGCUUUGCGCCCGGUACGAGCGGUGCUAAUUUAUCGCUUCCUGGCAGUAGCAGUGGCGUUUACGGGCGAGGAUCGGCACCGUACGGGAGUGCCGCUAAUGCGGCCGCGUCGGGAUCAUCGGUCGAUCCGAACGUGUUGAACGAAAUCGAGCGCGAAGCACAGGCACUGGCCGCGUCGGUUGACAAUUUGUCCGAAAGUUUGUGCAGCGUGCUGCAUUCGAUCUCCUCGAUAACGGCGGACAAUGUGGAGAUUUACAAAAACUCCGUCACAAAGCUAACGGACUGUAUGGACGGUAACAUCAAGUGUAUGUACACGAUAAUGGCCAAAGCGGAGGAAAUUUCCAAAACGAUCAAGCCGGCAGAAGCGCUAGCGGUAAGAAUGAUACUAUUUUCAUUGCAGACGUGAAAUUAAAAGACUCGUCGACAUGCUGGAAAGCAACCUUUAGUGUUCCGCGUCCUCGUAACUGAGACAGGCUUAUGUUGCUGCUACAAACUAGCGAAAGGAUGGUACAUUCCACCAAAUUCCGGUACUAUAUUACGAGAGAUUAUUUAUUGGUAUUAGUCCCACAGACAACCUGAAGGAAAAGAGACCCUUUCCUAGCCAUCCAUCGCCAUGCGUCGGCCAUCGCAAGGUGCAAAAAUCCCUCCGUGCUAUAACGCUAUUAGCUUCUUACUGUCCCUACUUUUUUAACCAGAGAAAAAGUAUUUUAUUUAUUAUUUAUGUUAUAGAGGCUUGCGGUGUAUGCUCCCCAAUCGGCAAAUAGUCGAAAGACAAAUCGAAAAAAAACCCCUUUAAGCUUAAUUUGUUUUAAAGAAAAUCAGUAACACAAACUCUUAUUCGCCAUGAACAGCAACGGUCUUCUCGAGAUCGCUUUAAAUUCUGUUAUUAUUUUAAACAAUCGACGACAUAGAACACAAACGUAACACAAAACAAACGACAUUUGCAUAAGUUAGAGAAUAAAUAUAACCGACAACCCCCAA